GCUAGGCAGCUGGCUGAGGGAGAGCCGCUCUGUCUCUUCAGCUGGUGCCUCGGCAGCCACUUGUGGAGACAGGAGGCUGGAGCUAGCGAAGCGCCCGCUUGCCACUGCUGGGGCAUGAGCCAGAGGUUCACGGUCACGGCCCUGCCCCGGGAGGAGGGGGUCCCCUGCCAGGAGGCAGCUGCAGCUCUCCAUGGAGAUGCCGCCCCCCUGCAAGGGGCCCAGCCUGGCAGCCUCUCCCGAGAAGACAGCAGAGGUGAUGGCAACCCCAAGGAGAGCAGCCCCUUCAUCAACAGCACAGACCUGGAGAAGGGCAAGGAAUAUGACGGGAAGAACAUGGCCCUCUUCGAGGAAGAGAUGGACACCAGCCCCAUGGUCUCGUCCCUGCUGAGUGGCCUCGUGAACUACACCAACCUGCCGCAGGGCAGCCGAGAGCAUGAGGAGGCAGAGAACAACGAUGGGGCCAAAAAGAAACCUGUGCAGGCUCCACGGAUGGGCACUUUCAUGGGCGUUUACCUGCCCUGCCUGCAAAACAUCUUCGGGGUGAUCCUCUUCCUGCGCCUCACCUGGGUGGUGGGAAUUGCGGGUAUCAUGGAGUCGUUCUGCAUGGUCAUCCUUUGCUGCUCCUGCACGAUGCUGACGGCCAUUUCCAUGAGUGCUAUCGCUACGAACGGCGUUGUGCCAGCGGGUGGCUCCUACUACAUGAUCUCGCGCUCUCUGGGGCCCGAGUUCGGCGGGGCCGUGGGGCUGUGCUUCUACCUGGGCACCACCUUCGCGGGAGCCAUGUACAUCCUGGGCACCAUCGAGAUCCUUCUGGCCUAUAUCUUCCCCGCCAUGGCCAUUUUUAAGGGAGAGGAUGCCAGCGAGGAGGCCGCGGCCAUGCUCAACAACAUGCGUGUCUAUGGUACCUGUGUGCUCACCUGCAUGGCCACCGUGGUGUUCGUCGGGGUCAAGUAUGUCAACAAGUUUGCCUUGGUUUUCCUGGGCUGCGUCAUCCUCUCCAUCCUGGCCAUCUAUGCUGGGGUCAUCAAAUCCGCCAUCGACCCCCCGAGCUUCCCGAUCUGUUUGCUGGGUAACAGGACACUGUCACGCCACGGCUUCGACAUCUGUGCCAAACUGGUGCUGGAAGGGAAUGAGACGGUGGGCUCCAAGCUGUGGGAGCUGUUCUGCACCUCCAAAUUCCUCAAUGCCACCUGUGAUGAGUACUUCCUGAGGAACAACGUGACCGAGAUCCAGGGCAUCCCGGGUGCUGCCAGUGGGCUCAUCAAAGAGAAUCUCUGGAGCACUUACCUGACCAAGGGGGUGAUUGUGGAGAAGCAAGGGGUGACCUCGGUGUCGCUCGUGGACCCCAUUGUCGACAUGGACCAGCCCUACGUCUUCAGCGACAUGACCUCAUACUUCACCUUGCUGGUGGGCAUCUACUUCCCGUCCGUCACAGGUAUAAUGGCCGGCUCCAACCGAUCAGGAGACCUGCGCGAUGCUCAGAAAUCCAUCCCCACAGGGACCAUCCUGGCCAUCGCCACAACAUCUGCUGUCUAUAUCAGCUCCGUGAUUCUCUUCGGUGCCUGUAUCGAGGGGGUCGUCCUCCGUGACAAGUUUGGCGAGGGCUGUCAAUGGGAACCUUGUGGUUGGCACCCUCGCUGGCCGUCUCCAUGGGUGAUUGAUGGAUCCUUCUUCUCCACAUGUGGGGCGGGUCUGCAGAGCCUCACAGGAGCCCCUCGCCUCUCCAGGCCAUCUCCCCGGGAUGGCAUCGUCCCCUUCCUGAGGGUCUUCGGCCACGGCAGCAACGGGGAGCCCACCUGGGCUCUGCUCCUCACCGCCGCAAUCUGCGAGAUCGGGAUCCUCAUCGCCUCCCUGGACGAGGUCGCCCCCAUCCUCUCCAUGUUCUUCCUGAUGUGCUACAUGUUUGUCAACUUGGCGUGCGCGGUGCAGACGCUGCUGAGGACACCCAACUGGCGGCCCCGGUUCCGGUAUUACCACUGGACCCUCUCCUUUCUGGGCAUGAGCCUCUGCCUGGCCCUGAUGUUCAUCUGCUCCUGGUACUACGCACUCGUGGCCAUGCUCAUCGCCGGCCUCAUCUACAAGUACAUCGAAUACAGGGGAGCGAGAAGGAGUGGGGCGAUGGCAUCCGAGGGCUAUCGCUCAGUGCGGCUCGCUACGCUCUGCUUCGGCUGGAGGAGGGGCCCCCGCACACCAAGAACUGGAGGCCUCAGCUGCUGGUUCUGGUCCGAGUGGAUCAGGAGCAGAACGUGGUGCACCCGCCAGCUCCUGUCUCUCACCUCGCAGCUCAAAGCCGGCAAGGGGUUGACAAUUGUGGGCUCCGUGCUGGAAGGGACCUUCCUGGAUAAUCACCUGCAGGCCCAGCGGGCGGAGGAGUCCCUGCGCCGCCUGAUGGAAGCUGAGAAGGUGAAAGGCUUCUGCCAGGUUGUGAUCUCGUCCAAUCUGCGGGAUGGCAUGUCCCACUCAUCCAGUCCAGUGGGCCGGGGGGGGCUGCAACACAACACGGUGCUGGUGGGGUGGCCACGCAACUGGCGGCAGAAGGAAGAUCACCAGACCUGGAGGAACUUCAUUGAGCUGGUGCGGGAGACCACGGCCGGCCACCUGGCCCUGCUGGUCACCAAGAAUGUUGCCAUGUUCCCGGGCAACCAAGAGCGGUUCUCCGAGGGCCACAUUGACGUCUGGUGGAUCGUCCAUGAUGGGGGGAUGCUGAUGCUGCUGCCCUUCCUGCUGCGGCACCAUAAGGUUUGGCGUAAAUGUAAGAUGCGCAUCUUCACGGUGGCACAGAUGGACGAUAACAGCAUCCAGAUGAAGAAGGACCUGACGACAUUCCUGUACCACCUGCGCAUCACGGCCGAGGUGGAGGUGGUGGAGAUGCAUGAGAGCGACAUCUCGGCCUACACCUACGAGAAGACCCUGGUGAUGGAACAGCGCUCGCAGAUCCUCAAGCAGAUGCACCUCACCAAGACUGAGCGGGAGCGAGAGAUCCAGAGCAUCACGGACGAGUCCCGCGGCUCCAUCCGGCGCAAGAACCCUGCCAACACCCGGCUGCGGCUGAGCGUCCCAGAGGAGCAGGUGGGCGACAGCGAGGAGAAGCCGGAGGAGGAGGUGCAGCUCAUCCACGAUAAGAACGCCACGGCCUUCUCCAGCAGGCCCCAGUCGCCCGGUGAUGAGGUGGAGACAGCCCCUGAGAAGGUGCAUCUCACCUGGACCAAGGAAAAGUCUGUUGCGGAGAAGAACAAGAGCAAGAGCCCCGUCAGCCCCGAAAGCAUCAAGGACUUCUUCAACAUGAAGCCGGAGUGGGAGAACCUGAACCAGUCCAAUGUGCGGAGGAUGCACACAGCCGUCAAGCUUAACGAGGUCAUUGUCAAGAAGUCGCAGAACGCCAAGCUGGUCCUGCUGAACAUGCCAGGCCCACCCCGCAACCGGAAGGGGGAUGAGAACUACAUGGAGUUCCUGGAGGUGCUGACGGAGCACUUGGACCGGGUCAUGCUGGUGCGCGGAGGGGGCCGGGAAGUCAUCACCAUCUACUCCUGAAACAGCGACUGCUAAGCUGAAGUUUUUUUGCACCCGGAGAGACCCCCCGCCCGACCUCUUUGCACCUGGCUCCUGGGGGGCAGGAGGGCGGUUCCGCUUGUGCUUGGUGCUCAGAAACUUUGGCCAUGCCCCACUCGCUCCAUUCGAACUGCAGCCCCAGAUUUCCAGGAGCAACCAGCACCAGCGCCGCUGUUCCUCAUCGCGCCAGCACAGCCCUGCGGUGGUUGUUUAUAUAUAAAUAGAGACAGGGAGCCCUGAGCCUGAGCCCCAGGGCCUGGAGCAUUACCAUCGCCACUGGCCUCCCUGUGGGGGCAGGGAGCGGGGCUGGCCAGGCUCUCAGUCAAGUGCUUCCUUGGAGCCCCCCGGAUGGCUGGCGUGGGUGCUUGGCCCCUUGGGACUAGGCUCCCUAACCCUCGCUCUGCUACAUUUGGACCACUGAGGUUUGUGGGACACGUCUGCUGCCCAGCCCCCCCCCCCCCCCCCCGCUGACGUGUCCUUUGGAGCCUGUGCGUCUGGGCGAGGCAACUGCAUGCUCACCCUCGCCGGCCGCGCCUCACCCCACCGCUCACAUGUGCCCUGCAGUGCCAGCCACGGGCCCCUCGCCAAGGUAGGCUCAGCAAGCGCAGCCCCUCCUACUGCCCAUGCUGCCGGACCCUGGAACCACAGCCACGCUCUGCGGCCCCCUGGUGCUGGUCUGGACAGACGAGUGCUGCAGGGCUGGGCAGGGAAGAGGCAGGUCCUGCAGCACGUCAAGCGAAGGACAGUGCCACACUGCCCUUGUCGUGAGGCCACCUGGAUCUGCCGCUGGGUGAGAGGUGCCUGGCCUGGCCAGGGCUACAUUCCGGUGGGGGGGGUAGUGGGGACAUGGACUUCAAGUUUUCUCCUCCACCCCCCGCCCCCGCUCAGCACAGGUGCACGCGACUGCACCACCCUGACUCACCUGCUCCAGGGUGUGGUCUGGUUCCACACAACUGCUGCAGGGCCUGGGCACGCACUCCCGGGCUGGGGCAGCGCGCCUCGCUGCCUGCUGCCCACACGCGCCGCGCGGCCCUGGGAAUGCAGGGGUGCGCAUCUGGCUCAUGCCCUGCACAGCCACGCUGCCCAGCAGUUCCUGGCGGGAGGCCUGCGGCCUGGGUCCCUCCCCCCACACCAUGCAUGAAGAGCAGGAACGCAGCCUCCCUGUGCCCUGCUGCAGCCUUGUGCCCCCUGCGUCCCCUCCCCCAUGGCAACCUCCUCAAGGCCAUCUUGCUGCUUCAGGGGCUGCUGGGUAAAGACCAUAGGCAUGGAAAGUUUAUAAAUAUGCAAAUCAGCUCAAUCCCAGCCCGUACCAGCAGCAGGGCCCUGACACUCCGCAUCUGGGACGCAGCCUCCCCAGGUCACAUGGGCCCAUGAGCAGCUCUGCAAGGAGCCUGGCUGCACCCGUGCACAUGGCUGUGGGCUUGUUUGGGCACAUCAAACCUUAGUCCCAGCCCCACCCCCAGCCCCCUCAGCAUCUCUCACUUUACUGAGAAUCUGAGGUGCUUUUAACCAGUGUGAAUAGUUCUAGGAACCACAGUGGACGUGGAGGCCGGGAGGGCAGAGGGCUCGCCCAGCCGGGGCCCCUGUCCAGCUGUAUAUAAUGUACAUAAUACUGUAUGUGUAUUUUUAAAGGGAUCAUAUUUAUGUUCAUAGACCCAGAUGAAGUAUAUACAGAGAGAUCUAGCUCUAUGCUGAGAGAUGCAAGGAGUCACUAGAGCCAGUGAAUUCUGGCUCUGGCUUUCAGGCUCAGUCUGGGGCCCAGGCCCAUGGGCUCCAAGGUUUUGCUGAGGCUGCUCCCUCUGGAGAGGGUGGCUUUUCCUCGUCGCUCACACGCGGGGGUGAAGGCUGCAGCGUCCCUGGCCCUUGGCACAUCCUGGGGGGAGGGCCAGCUCAUGGGGUCAUUAUCUUUGAAUUUUGCUGCUUAGUCUUUUCAGGGAAAAGAAGUUACAGAAUUUUCUGAACUUGUUUCACAGCAGACUUGAGCUUCCAAUUUGAGUGCAGCCUGCUCCGGCGGGCCCUCUCCCCGAGCCGAGAGGGAGCAGCUUUACCACUCAGACAUGUGGCCCAGAGUUGAUCCCAGCCCACCACUUCUUAGCCUCCAUAAACUCCACAAGUUGCAGCACUGGGAAUGGACCCGUGCAGAUCACCACUGGGGCAGCCCUGUGCCUUCUGCAGCUGGGAGAUGGCAGUUCAGAGGCCCAUGGCUUGAUGUAAGUAAAGGGCUAACAUGGCCACAGCUGACGUCUCAUACAUGAAUCCCCUUGGAGAAGGCAGCCGGGCCCCUUCUCACAGACAGCGCUGGCUCCCCGUAGCCCCCCCUUCCUUUCCUCUCAUGCUGCCCUUGCUCAUUGCUCUCUAGGGAAGAGCAUCCAGUGCCCAGCAGCUGCUCCCACAGAGGUGCCAGCCCUCAACUUCCUUCUCACUGAAGCUGCAACAGAGGGAACAAGGUCUUCUGUAGGCACCUGCCCUAAAUCCUCCUCCAGUGGGCCCUUGGCAUCACCCCUCCCCACCCCAGCACUGGCCCCAUGGGGAACGAGGGAGGGCAGUGGAGCAGGAAGUGAUUCUCCACUUAGUGAUGCUGACAUGGCUGAAGCUCCCUGCUCACAAUCCAGCAUCUGCUCACCUAGGCCAGGUUUUGGUGAUGGCCCCAGCCUUCACAUCUGCAUUUGUUGCUAUGCCCCUUGAGCCCUGGAUCCCUCAAAGUGCCACCUCCCCUCACCCUCCCAGCAGCAGUUCAGGCACAACCCCAGUAGUGGCCAGACUCUGCUUGGAAAAAUGCAGCUCUGCAUAAGGCAGCAUUAUUUGGUGCAGCAGCUCUGGCUUCAAACCCUGGCAAGGGAUGGGUGCCUGCUGCUGCGACCACACACUGCUAAUGGGGAAUCGAUGCCAAGGUGAAGCUGAGCUAUUCCCAGAGCAAGAGCACUGGGCCCAACUUCCAGCUGGAAGUCAGUGAUGCAGAGGCCCAACCUGACACUGGACAAUUAAUGGCCAGCAACUCUGCUGAGCAGAGCAGCUCUGCUGAGUGCUUCAGCCCCAAGAACACUUUUAAAUCAACAGGCAGGUGUCUGCUUGAAGGAAGGUUUCCUUAAGCUUGGGUCAGGGGCUCAUGGAGGGCCAGCCGCACAGCAAGAGCUAAGGCUGGUUAGUGGCUGCUGUGAGAAGACCCCAUCAGCCAGAUGCUCCCCAUAGCUUGGCUUUCACCCCAUUUAGUAAGCAGCAAGGUUCCCAAGAGCACAGACUGAUCCCAGGGCUGGAAGUCAUAGAUCUUACUUGCAAAACUCCUUUGGCUUUUGCUGCUGCCUGCAGGCUCAAAGCGGCCCCAACCCACUCCUGCUGCCUUCCCUCCUUUCCUGUCCCCAGUGCUGUCCCCCUCUCUCAGUGCAGAUGCCCUUCAAUCCUGAUUCGUUCCCUGUAAUCAGGACUUAACAGUUCUUGUCUCAUGAUUCCUCUAGUGCAAACCACCUGCAGCAUUGAGCUCACCCUUGGGCAUGUGUUACACCCUGCCUCCAUUACUGAUCCCUGCUCUGCUACCUUCACUCCCUUGUGGCAAUGGAAAUCCUAGUGCAGAUAGAUGCCGGCACCCUUUUAAGCAAAGCAUCCAUUAGACCAGCUCAGAGCAGGGCUACAGCCACUGCUCAAAACAGCAGUGGCAGCCAGGGCCCUCUCCCUCCCUCAUCCUGGAAAGCCAUGACUCCAACAAUGCUGGGGGGUAGUACACAACCCCUUCUUGGCCAGUUGCCACAUUGAGACAGUGAAAGGCAAAGGAGCCCCCUUCCCUGCCCUAGCUCAGCGAGACCAGCGCUACAGCUUUGAACACAUUGCACUGUUGCCUCUCAGAACCACUGCCUGGCCAAACUCCUUGGGUGCAAGCAGAGGGUGAUGGUGUCCACAGCAAAUCUCCAUGCCUGGGGCUGGAGGGGGCCAGAUUUAGCAGACAGCACUGCAUGUUAGUUUACAAACCCCUGCACGUUUGGCCUCUGUGAGCGUGCAGCUCCCUCUGGAGCACCCUUCCACUGUUCCGUCUUGGGAAAGACACAGUGUCCUGUGGUAGAAACCUGAGUCUUUUUCUGGCACAUGUGGAGACAGUUCAGGGUUUUCAGAGCAGGCAGGAAGUUCUUGACCCAUGAGGCUUGUUUUACAGAGAGCCCUUGUAUGCAGCUGCAAGGAUGAACACAGCCCUUCCACCCCACCAGAGCAGAGCAGGGUCUGUGUGUGCAAGGCUGGGGCCCCUGCUCAGGGAACUACUCUAGCCAGAGCAGAGGAAAGCUCGUUAAUUCCUCAGAAGUUAAAAUGGGGGCAACCUCCAUUCCCCAGCCCCCUUCCAGCAGUUCGCUACCUGGCUUCCCAGUACAAGCUGGUGGGUUAUGCGCAAUCCAGGUACUCCCUGGUACAGGUUACAAAUAUUUGAGACCAUGUUUACAGAUGUAGGCAGAGGCUGCACUGGGCAAUGGUGUUCAUAGUCACUUGCACCGCAGGAAGGCUGAAUACUGCUUAGGGUACAACAGUUGCACUUUUAGAGUCAAGACUUUACGCUGCAUGGCAGCAUUGACAUGUCGUAGUGGAAGGAUCCAGAGGUCUGAGGUUUUGGUGGUUGCAAAACACUUUUCUGUGCUACAUGUGCAAUAUAUUUGUUAUGAAUGUUACCACAACAAAGUCAAUUCAUGAAAUAAACUUUGUAGGCACUGUAUCUAGAUGUUUUACAUCCAUUCCAAUGACUUUUAUUCCGAGUGCAAUAUUUCAGUAGAUAUGUAGUGACCUAGUAUGCUUUGUGGUGUAAAGAAUCUGUGUGCAGAGCAAUGCAAAAAGUUUAAACUAUGUAAAUAAAAAUAGGUUGCAAAUCAAAAGAAAAGAGUAAUAGGCUUGCAUUUCAUUUCUGUGCGAGUGUUUCAGUAUUCUGUAUUGGGCUGCCUCAAUAUCGCCCCCCUGUGGUCUCUGUGGAUAUUAACGGAGGAGUGGCUCCUCACUUGUUGAAUGCUCCUGUUAAUGCUUUACAGCUUUUAUUGUGUUAAUUUUUUAGACUCCUGUCUGCACAAAAUGCAAUAAAAUGAUUUUAUUACACCCUUCA